AUCUCACAUGCGCUGCUACCAUUGAAUCCUCGAGGAGUGCAUCUCACAAUGAUGGGUGAAUGAUGUCACGUAGCACACUUUGUCAUGAUGUCACUCAACAAACAUGAGCCACAUUCAACCAGUGACUCGCCCAACGGAAGAGAAUGGUUAAAUACCAUGGCUUGUCUUGAUCGACCCCCCGCACUUCGCCUCAACUAACAAAAGGUUUCUGAAGGUUGAUCAGAUCUCAAUGGCCCGUAUCGAACAGUCAGACUAUAAGAUGGACCAGCUCUCAAAUGGACAUGCUCCUGAGUUUAAACCCGCCAAAAAGGCGCCGCGAACCGACCGCAAAGUGAAGUCGGUAUCAAAUGACGACGGGCCAGGCUUUACGACGGCGGUACCUAUGUGCCCGAUUACCUAUCAUCGCCCGCCUGCCGUCAAUGCUGGCAAGGCCAUCGACUCCCCUGGAGUUGCUCACGCCAAUCGCGCACCAUCUGUGGAUAAGCCGCACGGCAGUGUGGAAUACUCAGAGAAAUACAAUAACUACACGGUGCUGCAACAGCACGUGAUGUUCUGGGAUCGCAACAACGACGGCGUCAUCACUCCGAUUGACGUUUGGGUCGGCUUCCGAGACUUGGGUUUCAAUCUUGCCACUUGCCUGUUAGCUGCGACGGUGAUUCCUUUCGCGUUUUCAUACGGCACUGUCAUGCAGUAUUCCUACAUUCCGGACCCCUUUUUCCGACUCUAUGUCGGCGGCAUGCACAAGGCAAAGCACGGAUCCGACUCUGGGAUCUACGAUAGCGAGGGUCGAUUCGUUCCACAGCGAUUCGAAGACGUCUUUGCAAAUUGCAGUGCCCGACAAGAUGAUACCCUAACACUGGGUGAAGUGUUUGGCUUGAUGAGCAAAAACCGAUGUGCCGUUGAUCCAUUUGGCUGGUCGGCAUCAUUUUUUGAGUGGGUUACCACCUGGAUGCUGCUAGCAAAAGACGGCAAAAUCCACAAAGAGGACCUCAGACGAGUUUAUGAUGGCUCUCUCUUCUGGGAGAUCCGGGACAAGAGACAUUCUGGAAAAGGCUGGCAUCAAGGCUGGGGAAUUGGGGGCGAUUGGUUUCUAGGCGAUCGACCUAGGUUGAACCCUUAUAAUAAGCUCCCGAACUAGUGUUGAAUCUUAGGUAUCAAAAAUGGCAUUCGGGGUUAUAGAAACUUUGUAAUGUUCAACAUAUGAUCCUCGAGCACAUGACCAA